AUGAAGUAUAAGACAGUGGUGAUGUAUACAGAAAUCGGCUGCUUUGUGUGCUGCCUUUGUGGCUGGAUCCUGGUGUGCUCCACCCUUCCCACAGAGUACUGGACUUUCUCUGAGGUGGGCAGCAUUGUGUUGACAACCUCCAACUACUACUCCAACCUGUGGAGGGACUGCAUCUCGGACACCACGGGGGUGUCCGACUGCAAAGAUUACCCCUCCAUGCUGGCCCUGCCUGCUUUCCUGCACGCCUGCAGAGCACUGGCAGUCUGCGCGGUCAUCACCGGCUUCUUUGGCGGCGUCCUCACUCUCAUUGGCAUGAAGUGCACUAAAAUAGGCGGAUCAGAGGUUGCAAACGCAAGAGUGACCUUCGCGGGCGGACUCACCUACCUCACCUCAGGCUUCUGUGGCAUGAUCACUUACUCUUGGUGGGCCAACAGAGUCAUCACGGAAUUCCUCGACCCAAAUUUCAGGGCACAAAAAUUUGAGCUUGGAGCUGCAGUUUUCAUCGGCUGGGGGGGCUCCAUCCUUUUGCUAUCUGGCGGGACGGUGCUCACUUAUUUCUCUGCAAAAGAAGGUCUUCCAUUGGGGUCCUCAAACCGGACACGUAGACCAGCCACUUACGCCACAGCCCGGACCAGAAAGACCUACAUGCUGCCGCCCGCCUCGUCCAGGGUCAUUCUGAGGCCACCGUUGUUUUACGAGGCCAGGAAGAGUCGACCGAGCAGAACGGCAACAAAGACAACUGCCACCUUCAGUCGGGAGGACUUCGUCUGAGCUAAAGGAAGAUUAUUAAGCGGACAAAUAUGGAUAGAAGACAAUCAAACACAAAAUGAGUUUAAUGUUAAUUCACAGUCACUGUUGUGAAAAAGUUAAUUUACGCAUAACA